AUGGAGCCCAGAAGCCACCACCUCUUCGCGGGCUUGCUGCUGCUGCUGCUCCUCCCUACAGAGGGCCUGGGAGCCGAGGGCAGACUGGCUCACAAGCUGUUUCGGAACCUGUUCGCCAACUACACAAAUGCCCUGAGGCCUGUGGCAGACACUGACCAGACCCUGAAUGUGACGCUGGAGGUGACAUUAUCCCAGAUCAUCGACAUGGACGAACGGAACCAGGUGCUGACCCUGUACCUGUGGAUCCGGCAGGAGUGGACAGAUGCCUACCUACAAUGGGACCCCAAUGCCUACGGCGGCUUGGAUGCAAUCCGCAUCCCCAGCAGUCUUGUGUGGAGGCCAGACAUCGUACUCUAUAACAAGGCGGACACGCAGCCGUCGGCCUCCGCCAGCACCAACGUGGUCGUGCGGCACGACGGCGCGGUGCGCUGGGACGCGCCGGCCAUCACGCGCAGCUCGUGCCGCGUGGACGUGUCGGCCUUCCCGUUCGACUCGCAGCGCUGCGGCCUGACGUUCGGCUCGUGGACGCACGGCGGGCACCAGCUGGACGUGCGCGCGCGCGGCGCCUCGGCCAGCCUGGCGGACUUCGUGGAGAACGUGGAGUGGCGCGUGCUGGGCAUGCCGGCGCGGCGGCGCGUGCUCACCUACGGCUGCUGCUCCGAGCCCUACCCGGACGUGACCUUCACGCUGCUGCUGCGCCGCCGCGCCGCCGCCUACGUGUGCAACCUGCUGCUGCCCUGCGUGCUCAUCUCGCUGCUCGCGCCGCUGGCCUUCCACCUGCCCGCAGACUCGGGCGAGAAGGUGUCGCUCGGCGUCACCGUGCUGCUGGCGCUCACCGUCUUCCAGCUCAUCCUGGCCGAGAGCAUGCCGCCCGCCGAGAGCGUGCCGCUCAUCGGGAAAUACUACAUGGCCACCAUGACCAUGGUCACGUUCUCCACAGCGCUCACCAUCCUCAUCAUGAACCUGCAUUACUGUGGGCCCAGCGCCCGCCCGGUGCCAGCCUGGGCUCGCGUUCUACUGCUGGGACAUCUAGCAAGGGGCCUGUGUGUGCGGGAGCGAGGGGAGCCCUGUGGGAAGUCCAGACCACCGGAGUCAGCCCCCAGCCUCCAGCCUCCUGCCGGCCCCGCAGCGAGCCCCUGCCGUGAGCCGCGAUGCCUCUGCCACCAGGAAGCCCUCCUGUGCCACAUAGCUAGCAUCGCGGGCACCUUCCGAAGUCACAGGGCUGCCCAGCGCCGCCACGAAGACUGGAAGCGUCUGGCCCGCGUGAUGGACCGUUUCUUCCUGGGAGUCUUCUUCUCCAUGGCCCUGGUCAUGAGCCUCCUGGUGCUGGUGCAGGCCCUGUGAGGAGCGGGGCCUGGGUCCCAGGGGCAGCCCCGGUGUCUCCCGCAGAGAUGGCAAAGGCGGUGCUUGUUGGUUCUCAGACCAGCCGGUCUCUCCCUACUGUUGCUAAAAGCCUGGAUCUUCUCUUCAGGACCU